GCGCCUGCGCUUCCGUCUCGGGGUGGUGGGGGGGUUAGUCCCACGCCUUCCUGUCCCGGCCGUCCCUCCACACAGCUGGGAUCCGGCCGUGCAGAUGGCGGCUCAGAAGAUAAACGAGGGCCUAGAGCACAUCGCCAAAGCCGAGAAGUACCUGAAAACUGGUUUUUUAAAAUGGAAGCCGGACUAUGACAGUGCAGCCUCUGAAUACGGAAAGGCAGCUGUUGCUUUUAAAAAUGCCAAACAGUUUGAACAAGCAAAAGAUGCCUGCCUGAGAGAAGCCGCUGCCCAUGAAAACAACAGGGCACUCUUUCAUGCUGCCAAGGCUUAUGAGCAAGCUGGCAUGAUGUUGAAGGAGCUGCAGAGGCUGCCAGAGGCCAUCCACCUCAUUGAGAAAGCCAGCAUGAUGUAUCUGGAGAACGGCACCCCUGACACGGCCGCCAUGGCGCUGGAACGAGCUGGAAAGCUAAUAGAAAAUGUGAAUCCUGAGAAGGCCGUGCAGCUAUAUCAGCAGACAGCCAAUGUGUUUGAGAAUGAGGAACGCUUACAACAAGCCGUUGAGUUACUAGGAAAAGCAUCCAGGCUCUUGGUGCGAGGACGCAGGUUUGACGAGGCAGCACUGUCUAUUCAGAAAGAGAAAAAAAUUUAUAAGGAAAUUGAGAACUAUCCAACUUGCUAUAAGAAAACAAUUGCUCAAGUCUUAGUUCAUCUCCACAGAAAUGACUACGUGGCUGCAGAGAGGUGUGUCAGGGAAAGCUACAGCAUUCCAGGCUUCAACGGGAGUGAGGACUGUGCCGCUCUAGAACAGCUGCUCGAGGGCUACGACCAGCAAGACCAGGAUCAAGUGUCAGAGGUCUGCAACUCCCCUCUCUUCAAGUACAUGGACAACGAUUAUGCUAAGCUGGGCCUGAGUCUGGCGGUUCCAGGCGGGGGGAUCAAGAAGAAACCGGCAACAGCUCCACCAGCCAAGUCUGAAGGCUCUGCUGCUGCUCCCACAGAGGAAGAGGAAGAUGAGUAUGCCGGCGGGCUGUGCUAGGAUGACAUCCCUCUCAGCCUGCACGGACCUCAGCUUCUCCAAGGGCAUCCAGACACCAUCACGCCAUCAUCUGGAAUGUUGAGAAGACUUAAAUUUGAGUUUGCGUCCGUCCAGAUUACCCACUCGCUGUAAAGCCGCGUCUCCCCCUCUCAUCACAUGGUCUGCCCCCAGACACCGGCAGGUGCAGACAGAAGCAUCCCCGCCACAUUUUAACACAGCUGACGAUUGUGGCUCUGUAAGCCGUUGUGCCCAGCUGCAUUUUAGACGGGAUAUGUACAUCUCAUUCUAAGCAGACACACAGUCUUUGGAGUUUCUGUGGUUUUAUGUAUGAAGAAUCGUUUACAUUUUAUUUAAAAUCGCUGCUCAAAGUGAAGUUUACUGGCUAAACGUAAUAGCGAUUUAAAGAUUUGUUUUGAAAAAGACCACUUCCACCUCCACCAGGAUAUCAGAGAUGUAAAUUGCUAAAAAUCUCCUCAAAAGUGCGAUUGGGACAGGAACCUAAUUUGAGUUUUAUAAUACUGACUUUAAUCCAUAAAAGGUCCAUUUAAAGUCUUAUGUAUUAGUUUGAAAAUUUUAAUUUUUAUGAAGUGAUUCUGUAAAUAUCUUCAGUUUUUUCUGAAGUAUGGAUUUUUUUUUUUAAUGUAAAAGAAGAGAAAGGGUAGAGGAGAUAGCUCGUUAUGCAGAAGACUUUUACGCCAAGGCUGUGAAGUCCUGAGUUCAGCCCCCCGCACUACACCACUACCUUAAGCCAAAAGGUAAGCAGUGCUCUGGUGAACUGCUAAUAAUAAUUAUAAAUAGAGGUGUUUAUUUUUUUUUGUCUUGUUUUUAAAUACAUUUACUAUCUCCAACCUAUUUUGUUUUUAGUGAAUGUGAAGUAAUCAGACCUUUUUUUACAUGUCUUCACAAAAAGGUAGUAUCUCUGUCAGAGUAUGAGAUUUAUAUUUCUUCCUUCCCAAAUAAGUUUUUGAUUCAUUAAGAGUUGUAACUGGACAGUAACUUGGCAUGUGAAAAGCAGUUUAGAACAGAAAUUUCGCUCACAGAGUGGUUUCUGAGUGGCAUGCAGUCAAAGUACUAGGCUGCCAGUAUAUUCCAUUCUCUAUAGGUAUUUUCUUGUUUGCGUAUGUUUGAAGCUUUCCUUUUUAUCCUUGUGACUCAGCCCUGCCCCCCAGGCAGUUCAUCGGAAAGAGGCCCCCAACACCAGCACUGCCGACACAGGCAGGUGCCCCCCAGAGUGGCUUCUUGCUUGUCCAGCACCCGUCUCGACCUUUUCACAGCACUCUACCUUCUGUGAAGUUGUGCUGGGUUUCCUGAAAUUGUUGUGGUAGACUUGAGGGGGUUUAAUCACAGCUGGCUCCCUGGGAAAUCUUAAGCCAGAUAAAUUAACAUCCCUGUUCAGCAGAUGUACGUGGCUGGGUAAAUGUUAGGGUGGAAAUCCUUUUUUGAAGGUCUGGUUCAGAACACUAAAAAAAAAUACUUUUGAUUCAUUCAGUUACUUGCAGCUUAGUUUUCAAAAACUGUCUUUAAACUGACUUUGUACAGUCUGAGUAGAGCUGUAUUUAGGCGGUUGUACUCAAGCGUUAAACAGUAAUUUUUUGCUAAUUUGUUCACACUGCAGUUACACCUUUUAAACCCUGUGAGAAAAUUGAGGAGUCUAAUAGUAAUGCUCAUUUGAGGUAACUAGUCAUUUGAACAGAUUUGGCAAUACGUAAGAUAUCUUAAACCAUCUGUUUACAGUCUUGGAUUCUUUUUUUAAUCUUCUGUAUUACAAAAUUAGAGUAUGGUUCAGAGCCCUGAGUCUCAGAAAAGCUUCAUGGAAGACCGCUGUCUGCACCGCCCCCGUCCACAUCCAGUAUGCAGGGUUUGUGAGAGUAUUUCUUGGUGUCAGGACCAUCCUAGUACAGAAUAUUGAUCCCACCGUUCUGCAUCUUAUUUCUCUACUUAAGUCUUUUAUUUUGAGAGUAUGGUUGGAAGUGGAAAACUUGGAGUUUACAACAGAGAAAUAAUACUUUCCAGAUCUCAUGUUACCACUUAUACCAGAGUGGAAGCCUGCAUGAUUAUGUCCCGAAUUUAAUACUCAAUAUUCUGUUAUGUUGUAUGUGAACUCAAAAUAUAUUUAAUAUAUUGAAUUUAAUUGUAAAUAUUCAGAGAAUGGUAUCUGUGUACAGUAUCCGUGAUUUAUUUUCCCCAUCUUGUUGAUGAGUACGAUAUUAAAUGUGUUAUGGAAAAUGUAAAUUAUUGCUCUCUAGGGAGGUAAUUGUGAAAAUAAAAUCUGUAGCCA